AAUUGAGAGGUGUGUGAUUUGAUCUGAGUUGUUAGCUGAGUUUGUUGGCGGAAGGAAAGGAAAGAUGUCAUCACGGGGAACUUCAAAGGGGAUUCUAGAGAUCGCCAAGUUUGGGAUUUACGUUACUGUACCCAUCGUUCUUAUGUACGUUUAUGCCAGCAAUACCGACAACACCCUCCACAAGUUCAUCGGAAAAAAGUCAUACGUUGAAUAUCCAAAGGAUACACAAAAGCCACCACCACCAGAGGAGCUUAGAGAGAUGGCGAGGGAGAUAGCUAGCAAAAGGAACAACCCCUGAUGCUUCUUGUGGGUUGG